AACGAGCCGUUGGGCAGACUUGGCUCUCAAACGCUCACCGGAUCGCUACCGAGUCGCGCGCUAAAUAAACUUGUCUCCAUCGUAUAUCCUCCGCCUUCUUCAGACCAGCCCCCAGCCCUCCUGUGCCCGGCCCACUACAACAAGGAACAAAUUACGGUCCAAUUGAACUAUUUAGAUUCUGGCCAAAAGGAAAUGAUCAGAGACUGAAGAUGGUGCGCUCAUCAAAGAUUCAAAUGUUGAUCAACGCCUUCUUGUCGUGCUUUGGCUUGUUGACGAGUUACAGCCAAACUAAUUCGACCUCUUUGCAAUUCAACACCAGCAGCGAAAACCAAUUUUCGCCCUCAAUCGUUCCCGAAAAGCCCAACAAUGAAUUAGUCGACUCUUGCAACCACAACAACGAAGAUGGCAUCUUCGGUCUCACCGAUCUGAGAUUGCCUGACCCAUCGAAAAGUGCGGUUGGCGAUAAAUCACUCGCAGCUCCGCAGAGAUACAGUCAGUCAAACUAUCUCAUUUCCUCAGACCGUUUAGCCAAGGAUCCGAAAGUGCCGUUGACCAUCGGCUUUCUAAGCUCUUAUACGAGUAGCAGGAUGACGCUCGGGGCCAUCCCGCUGGCCGUCGAGGAAGUGAACAACGACCCCAAUCUUUUACCGGGACGGAAACUUCAAUUUGUAGUGGCCGACAUCGGCAAUCCGAUUGGGAACGACGGACUAACGGCCAUGGCGAUCCGCCGAAUGACCGAAAUGAGGGAUAACAAUUCAACUGUCGCCUUCAUCGGGCCCGACGGACAGUACUGUGCUGACGAAGCGUUGGUGGCGGCCGCUUGGAAUCUGCCCAUGAUAACACAUAAAUGCUCAGAAACGAAACUGUCGGAAAUGCCGCAGACUUAUUUCACUUUCGCUCGCACAAUGCCACCCUCCUCGAAAAUCUCCAAAUCAGUCUUGGCUCUGCUUGGCAAUUUCGGCUGGAACAAGAUCGUUAUCAUCGUCGGGAGGAGAUCGGAAUGGAUUCAAAUCAAGGACGCCAUCCAGAAUUCGGCCAGAGAGACGAACAUUGACGUCACCGAUGUCAUUUAUCUGGACGAUUACGCGCCCGCUCAAGUGACAGCGAUCAAGGAAAUCGCUCGAAAUUCUUACCAACAGACGCGGAUUUACCUGUUUAUCGGCCAGCAUGUGGCCCUGGUCCACUUCGUCAAAGCUCUUUACCGAAUCAAAGAGCUGCAAAGCGGCGAUUACAUGGUCAUUUCCAUCGACGAUUUCAUAUUGGACGCCGAGGGCAAUAACGCCCACAAGUACACCAGCGCUCCGGAUCCUUACCUGUCGGCCAUGAAGGAAGACGACGCCAUCCAGGCCUUCCGCUCGGUUUUAAAAGUGACCGAGUCCUAUCCGCGCAAUCCGGAUUUCAAGAAAGUGACGGCCAAAAUGAUGAAGUACUCGUCCCAGCCACCUUUCUGCUUGGCUAAAUGGCGUCCAAUGAUCUCCGAUGACGUCGUCGUUCCCAUUCACGCUUAUCAUGCUUACGAUUCCGUGACGAUCUACGCUCAGGCGUUGACGGAAUCACUGGCGGACGGCUACGAUCCGCGCAAUGGGACCAGCGUCAUGGAACGCAUCCGCAAUCGGCGCUAUCGAUCGGUUCUUGGUUACGACGUGUUUAUCGACUCGAACGGCGAUGCUGAGGGUAAUUACACGGUUCUUUCCAUGUUGCCUUUCCGGGAAAACCAUUUCAAAUCGGAUGAAGGAACACAGCACAACUACGUCAUGCAGCCCGUUGGGCAUUUCCAGCACAACAUCAGCAGCGCUCGUCAUUCACCCAACGAUUCCCUCGUUUUUCUUUAUUUGAACUCGAGUCGACCAGUCGACUGGAUCGGAUCCGGUCCACCCGUUCCCGAAUCUCCUUGCGGUUUCAUGUCUGAAAAAUGUUUCCGAGUCGCGACGCCCGACUGGCGGAGUUUCAUCAUUUGCACCUUGUCCGGUGUUGUUCUCAUUGCAACUAUCGGCUUCGCUUCCAGACACUACUGUUACGAAUACAAAUUGGCGUGCUUGCUCUGGAAGGUGGACAUUCGCGAAUUCAUCAUCACCAAUUCUAAGGAUAUUAUCAACGAUUGCCCGCAGUCCUCUACGUUGGCGGCGGUGACCUCGGAUCCUCACGGAGCUCGAGGGCCUAUCAUUGCAUUUUGUGGGCAAAGCAGCAGGCGCAACAGCAGCAGUGCCGGUUCCGGGUCGUCCUCCGGCGGCGUCAAGGAAGAUUCGCCAUCUGUCGACCUGGGCGUGAAACGUUUGUACAUCCGAACGGGAAGCUACAAGGGCAACGUCGUGGCCAUCAAGGCCAUCUCGUCGACGAAGAACGUCAAUUUCACAAAGAACAUGUGCAAGGAAUUGAAGCAGAUGACUUCCAUCCGCCACGAGAAUGUCGUCUCAUUCAUGGGAGUGUCCGUCGACUACGGGAGUGUGUCCAUCUUGACGGCCUAUUGCGCCCGCGGGAGCUUGGAGGACGUCCUGAAAUUGGAUUUCAAAUUGGACACUUUCUUCAUCGCCUCUCUCGUCACUGACUUGAUCAAGGGGAUGACCUUCCUGCACGACAGUGAAAUCGUUUCGCACGGCAAUCUGAAAUCGUCCAACUGUUUGGUCGAUUCGCGCUGGGUUUUGCAAAUCACCGAUUUCGGUCUGCAUGAACUCAAAGCCUCCAGUCCUGAAGCUCGAACGAAAACGACGUGUGACAAUAGACGGCUUUUGUGGAGAGCUCCGGAACUGUUGCGCAACCCAAACUUUUUGCCUAGAGGAACCCAGAAAGGUGACGUCUUCUCAUUUGGCAUCAUCCUCUACGAAAUCUUUGGCCGUCAAGGACCUUGGGGAGAUUUGUUGGACACCAUGUCGACUAAAGGAAUCAUCGAAAGAGUCGCCCAUCCGGAAUGGUUUUUCUACAAAUUCUUCAGGCCGUCCGUUUCGCAGUUGGAUUGCAAGGAGUACAUCAUUCGGUGCAUGGAGGACUGCUGGCAAGAAACGCCAGAAUUGCGUCCCAAUUUCAAAUCCAUUCGUGGCCGUCUUAAGGAAAUGGAAGCCGGAUUGAAGCCCAACAUUUUCGACAGCUUCAUGACCAUGAACGAGAAGUAUACGCAUAACCUGGAAGGUCUCGUCCAGGAACGGACGGAUCAACUCGUCGAGGAGAAGAAGAAGACGGAAGCACUUUUACACCGGGUCUUGCCAAAAUCGGUAGUUGAAUCGCUGAAAAGAGGAGAGCCCGUCAAGGCGGAGAGUUUCGAUUCGGUCACAAUCUACUUCAGCGACAUCGUGGGAUUCACGUCGCUGUCGGCGGCCAGCACUCCGCUCCAGGUCGUCGGUCUGCUCAACGAGCUCUACACUUUGUUCGACUCCAUCCUGGAGAAUUACGACGCCUACAAAGUGGAAACGGUCGGCGACGCCUACAUGGUGGCCAGCGGUUUGCCCAUCCGCAACCGAGACCACCACGCAGCCGAAAUCGCCUCGCUGGCCCUCCACCUUCUCUCCGAGAUACGCAAUUUUCACAUCCGGCACAGACCCGGAGAAACGCUCAAACUGCGCAUUGGAAUUCAUUCAGGUCCGUGCGUUGCCGGUGUGGUCGGCUUAAAAAUGCCGAGGUAUUGUCUUUUUGGCGACACAGUUAACACUGCGUCCAGGAUGGAAUCAACCGGUCAAGCUCUCCGCAUUCACAUUUCUAGAGCCACCAAAGAGCUUUUAGAUCGGUUAGGCGGUUUCAUCACUGAAGAGCGUGGAAUGACGUCCAUUCGAGGCAAAGGUGAAAUGAUGACGUAUUGGCUGGUUGGUGAAGAGGCGGGGCGUACUGGGCGUACUAGACGUACCAGGCGUCUUUCUACAGUUGAAAUGGACGUACCGCCGCCGUCUACUCUCCAGUCAACAAUCGACGCCCAUCAAUCAGCGGCUCAUGAAGUUCCACAUUACCUGUCGGACAAAGUCCACACGCUCUCUGAAUUGAACCCUAUUGACGAAUCGCUAACAAUGAUGAGCCAUCAGGAGCUAAAUAAUGAUGUCCACAUUAGCGUCGAUGGCAGGCAUUAAUACUCUAAUGUUUUUUUGGUAUUUUAAAUGCAAGAACGCAGAAAAUUUGCGCGUCUUUUGCAUAACAUUUUGAAAUUCUCCCUCAAUGUCCGCUAUUAUUGUUUGAAAUUUUUGACUCGUUUGACAUUUUCUCUAAUUAACUGCCGCAGGAAAUUAUGUAUAGGUUUGAUUCUAGUCACGACUCAAGAGGACAGACAAUUCUAAUGCUAUUAAAAUGAUAGAUAUUCUCAUCUUUCCGUAUACGCUGGGUCCAAUGUGCAGUAAUCGGAAGUCUGUGAUAUUAGCGCGUGUGGCGAUUUGUGUGCGUGCAAUUUUUUGUUGGUGUAAUAUUUGGUUUCUCCUUUUAUUGUAUUGCCGGUGACAGUUUUGUAUUUCCUUUCUUUUUAGAAUUUUAGCAAUAAGUAUAUAUAUAGAGGAUAUGUCGAAAGAAUGUAGAGCGAAAGAAUUACGAUGAGGAAACUGGUAAAUUCGGUGGUGUCAGUCGUCAACAAUUUCUCACAAUGCGACAUAUUUCAUUGGAUAAUAAUAAAUUACUCCCAAGCUUA